UAUAUCAACAAAAAAAUGGGUAAUUCUUUCUGCAACGCAAAAACAUGAUAUUUGUCAAGCAAAAGAAAUGAAUCCAAAUAUUAAAAAUAUAGAUCUUGCAAAUAAAUAUCAGGUUGGAAAGUCAACAAUAACAGAUAUCCUAAAUGAAAAAAAAUGUUGGUUAGCUACGACUGAAGAAGAAGGUGAACCAAAACUUGAAGAAGCUCUUGGUCUCUGGGUAGAUAAUAUGCUUAAUAGUGGUCAAGAUAUUGACAGUCAUAUUCUUAAGACAAAGGCAAAGUUUUUUGCAGAUCAUUUUCUUAUUAAUGAUUUUCACCAAUCUGAUGGUUGGCUUACUGGCUUCAAAAAACAUUACGGGCUCCGCCAGUUUAAAAAAGAAG